GAUUAAACUUUUGACUCUGUAAUUUUCUGAGUUUUCUCAAUGGAGAGGAAGAAAUAAGGAUUUCUUGAUUUAGGAAUUCAAAAACUUCGAUUUAUUUAUGGUUGUUUUGGCUUUUGUAUUUGGUAUUCAUUGCAAUGUUUUUGAAACAAGCACAAGGAAUUUCUCUGCUUUUUCCCCCUUUUUUCUGAUAUUUUGGCUUGAAAAGGAAAACCAGUUUCAUUUUUCUCGGAAAGCAUUCUUGUGGUAUUGUCAGGUCUCUUCCUCAGGCAUUUGAUCCUUCUUUAUUGAAGUUUAUAAAAUAGAUUAUGUCAUUUUAAUUAAUAUGUUUAUGUGUUGAAGAGUAUAUGCGAGAUUAGCUAUUUUUCCCUCUAAUUUUUACGUUUUCCCGCAUUUGAUUGUAUUGAUCCUUUUUUUUGUUCCUGAUAUGCUAUUUUGGAAGCAUUGAAAUUAGGAAGAUGUUUGGAGGCGACAACGGCAAUCCUUUGUUUCCUGUUUUCUUGGAGGAAAACCGGUUCCAGUACGACUCUAAUGCAUCAACUCAACUGCAAUUGUUUGGAAACUUUCAAGCGGGUUGUAAUGUUGAUCCAGUAAACCAUGUUGGCAAUGAUCAUGUCUCUGCUCUAAAUAGGCCAAGCAAAAGGAGCAGGGAGGCAGAAGAUAUUUCUAGACAGCAUAAACUUCAGAUUUCCUUGAAUAACUUCUGUCAGGAUGAUGCUGAUCGAUCGGUGAGCAUUCCGAAUUUGAAUGCUGUAUCGACUGGGUUGAGGCUGUCCUAUGACGACGAUGAACGGAACUCCUCUGUUACUUCGGCAAGUGGAAGUAUGACAACUCUUUCGGUCAUUUUAUCUCUUGGUGACAAUUUGAGGUCCGAGAUCGACCGUCAGAAGGAAGAGUUCGACCAUUACAUCAGAGUUCAGGAAGAACACAUUUCCAAAGGGGUAAGAGAGAUGAGGCAGAGGCACAUGGCAUCUUUCCUAAGCACCCUCGAGAAAGGAGUUGGCCAAAAGCUACGGGAAAAGGAGCUCGAAAUCGAGAACAUGAACCGGAAGAACAGGGAGCUGGUCGAGAGGAUAAAACAAGUGGCCAUGGAAGCCCAGUCCUGGCACUACCGGGCACGGUACAAUGAGUCUGUCGUCAACGUCCUGAAGAGCAACCUCAAACAGGCGAUCGCCCAGGGCGCUGACCAAGGGAAAGAAGGCUGCGGGGACAGUGAGGUGGAUGAUGCAGCCUCCUCAUUUGACCACAAUACAAUCGUGGGCGGGCCCACAAAACCAAUCACCGGCAAGAAUGCUGGGUUGAAGGAGCAGAUGACCUGCAAGGCCUGCAAAAUCAAGGAGGUCUCCAUCUUGUUGUUGCCUUGUAGGCAUCUGUGCUUGUGCAAGGACUGCGAGGGGUUCAUCGACAUCUGCCCUGUCUGCCAGUCCAUGAAGACUGCCAGUGUUCAGGUUUACAUGUCCUGAAAAUAGAAAGAAAAAAAAACGAAAGAAAGAAAGAAAGAAAGAAAGAAAGAAAAAGUAAAAUACAGAGAAUUCAAAAUGUAUUGUAUACAGUGGUCUGAUAGCGUCCUUUUACAGGUUCAGCUUCUUCACCAGUGGAGUUAAGAGUCUGUAUCUGAAAUUAUUGGACCUUGAUUGAAUGGUGGAGUUGGUUUUGUUGUUGUGGCUAAUGUAGUUUUACCUUUUUUGUUUUA